GGGAAUAUCAGGUAUGUCUUGAGUGCUCGCCGUCUCCCCUAACACAUGAACCUACCGGCAAUAAUUCUUCUUUCUCUCUUUGCACGCUGACUUCUCUGCUUUUCCCCGACAGAACCGAUCAAGAUGAAGUUCCUCAAGACGUCGCGAGUGUGCCUGGUCACCCGGGGCCGUUAUGCCGGCAAGAAGGUCGUCAUCAUCCAGCCCGUGGACACCGGCAGCAAGACACACCCGUAUGGCCAUGCCCUCGUAGCAGGCAUCGAGCGGUACCCCAGCAAGAUCACCCGCCGGAUGUCCAAGACGAGACAGGAGAAGCGCUCCAAGGUCAAGCCGUUCAUCAAGGUCAUCAACUACAACCACCUGAUGCCCACACGUUACACACUCGAGCUUGAGGGCCUUAAGGGCGUUGUGUCGUCCGACACCUUCAAGGAGGUCAGCCAGCGCGAGGACGCGAAGAAGACGGUCAAGAAGGUGCUGGAGGAGCGCUACACAAGCGGCAAGAACCGGUGGUUUUUCACCCCUCUUAAGUUCUGAUCGGGUUUAUUCACAUGGGCUGAACGGGGCGAAUGGUUUCUCUGGUUCUCUGGGGCUGUAUACAGCAUGCAUCAAGGAAAAAAAUUGAGGCUUACUAGCUGAAUUUACGGCAAUUGAACGGCGACCAUAUGGCGUUACAGUCAAUAGCUAUACCCAUGAAACCGUUGUGCAGAGAGACAAACGGGAUCCUACGCACGUUGUGGGACGGAGGUAAUGAA